AAUGCCAUAUACUCCAUGUUCUUAUUCCUUUUCUACUUAUCAUUCAUUUUCUUCCAUUUCCUCGUGACCUUCCUUAUUUCCUUCUCUAACUUAGUUUGGAUUCCCCCACCCUUUCCCUCCUGCUUGUCCUUUCUCAUGUCUUUCCUCCUUUAAUCUCUUUUUCUUCUCCUUUCUUUAAUCCUUCCUCUUUCCCUUUUCAUUUGCAUCCCAUCAUUUGUGGCUUAACUGCUUCCUUUUCUUUCGUUCUCUUCCUUCCUUCUUUUUGACUCCUUUCUGUCCUUGCCCAUACAUUUUGUCUCACUUCUUUGUUUCCUUCACUUCAUAGAUCCCCCCUUCCUCCUGCUAAUCCUUCCUUCCUCACGUCUGUCUGUUAUUCCAUUUCAUUCUCUUCACUUCUUUUAAAUUUAACCUUCCUUUCCUUUCCAUUCAUUUCUUCCUUCCUUGAACUCAUCCCACUUCUUCUUCUUGUUUCUUUACAGAUCUUUCCUUCUCCUUCCCUGCUUGUUCCUCUUUCAGUUAAUGUUGUCUUUUUCUUUGACCUGUUAUUUUUUCCCUGCAUUCCUCUUUUUUUUAAUUUUUUUGUUUUGUCCUUCCAUCCAUCCUUGUUUCCCCUCCCUCAUUCCUUUAUUCCUCCCUUCUUUGCUCUUUGUGAUUUCUUCCCUUUGAUAACUUCUUCCAUGUUUUGUUUUGCUUUCCCCUUCAUCUUUUUCCUUUAAUUUACUCCCUGCUGUGGUCUCAGUUCCUCUUUCCUCCGUCCUUAACUUCAUCCUUCGGUCCUCCUUUAUCCCCUCCUCCUCCUGUCUGUCCCUCCUCCCUCCUCCGGCUGAAGUAAACAGAUGAACAGGGAGAUACUGAAUCUCUCCCUGGGCCCCUCUUCCUCCUCACUCCUCCCAGUUAAUUGGGCUCUGGCUGUCUGAGUGGCAGUCGCAGCAGUAUUGAGGCCCGGCCGUGCUCCAGAUGUGCGCAGAGUUGACCGCAGUGAAAUGUGAGCCGCUCCGGCCUGGCUGCCUGUAUUUUGGGAUGUUUUACACGGGGUAGGACAAAGACACGUUUCCAGGCGGGAUCCCGGCCCGAACAGAUGUCCCUGUGCUGGGAGCAGAAGAGGAAGAAGAAGAGGAGGACGGGGGACCCGCGCGCAGCAGAGCGAGGACAGAGACGAUAUGGCCGAAGAUGUCCGUGGAUUCUGAUAACUCCUGUGUUUUGCUGUCAUCGCGUGACUCCCGGACUUCCUGCAUCUUUCAAACCGCUGAUGAGAAAGAUGACAUCCCAGGAGUGGGAGAGGAAAGCGUCCUGGAGAUGCUGAGCUACUCCAAGUUCUCCGACUUGGAGACAUGGCUGUGCAUGCCGUCCUCACUGCUGCUUUCCAGGCCUCUGGACUCCACCCACACCUCCUCGGGCUCUUCCUCCAACUCGUACUCCUCACGUGCGUCCCUCCACUCCGCCAACUCGCUCCCGGCUUCCUCCUCUUCUUCGCUGGCUUCAAACUCCCGCCGCUCCACCUGCAGCGAGCCGGGAGAGAUCGACAGGUCGUCAGAGAGAGACUCCGCCUUCCUCACGCCCACUCUGACGAAGGAGGCGACAUGUCUGUCCACGCCCCUCCUCCCCAUCCUCUCCUCCACCCCUGCACAUCCUCCCGCUGCUGCCGCUUCACGGUCCAGCUAUGGCACUCAAGCAGGAGACUCCACCUCCCACAGCGGCGUCAGCAUCAGGAAGCGGCGGCGUCUCGCUGCCAGUCCUGGAGGACUCCACUGGACCUCUUCAGGCUCUGUUCAGCGGGACUUCUGGUCACCUGAUCCGUCCCCGGGGUCGAGGAGGAGUGCAGGAGGAGGAGGCGGUGCAGGUGCGAGGAGCCUUCCCCUGGCGGAGGUGGCCCGAGUUUCCCUGCCGUGGGCCACAGACCGGGCGCUGCUGAGGAAGACUAUUUCGGUGGACGACCGUCUGCUGGAGCCGGCGGGCGGCGAGCAGCGACACCUGAGGCUGCUGAGCCGGCUGGAGAGAGGCCGGAAGAAACUCCGCAGCAUCCACAGCCCGGGAACCUCGGGGAGGUACGACACCAGGAAAAAGUCGGACGGUAAGACCUCCCGCUUGGCUCAGAGGUGGAACCAGAGGUUGGCAGGAGAUGCUCUGAUCAAAGACCUGAAGCCGCUGUUCUACCCGGGAGUCUCCCGAUCCUCACUCAGCCUGGACAGCAGACGCCUCCCGGGUGUUAUGACGCAGCAGAUGCAGAACCUGCAGUUGUCCCAGACCAGGAAGUGCCCCGGCGGGCCAGCCUCCCCCAAUGCCGCCAAGCGCCUCUACAGGAACCUGUCGGAGAAGCUGCGAGGAAGCACCUCCUCCUUCGAAGACGCCUACUUCUUUGGCAAGACGGAUCGGCUCCGUAAAGCCUCGACGAUGCAGGGCAGCGACUGCAUCUUCGAGGCGGUGGAGCAGCAGGACCUGGACGCCGUGCAGAUCCUCCUGUACCAGUUUUCAGCCGAAGAGCUGGACCUGAACACCCCCAACAGCCAGGGCCUGACGCCGCUCGACAUCGCCAUCAUGACCAACAACACGCCCAUCGCCAAGCUGCUGCUGAAAGCAGGCGGCAAGGAGAGCCCGCACUUCGUGAGCGUGGAGAGUCGCGAGGCUCACCUGAACUCUCUGGUGCUGGAGGCGGAGCGGCGGGCGGUCGACCUGGCGGCUCAGGCUCAGAGGGACGGCCUCUCGCUGGAGGCCUGCCACAAAGACAAACAGCUGAGGGCGUGGGAGUGGAGGUGCAAGCUGUACAAACGCAUGAGGACGGGCUUCCAGCACGCACGUGCCCCGGAGGCCCCGUCCAUGGUUCGACUGAGCGUGAGCAGUAGCAGCACUCUGACCGUCACCUUCCAGGAACCGCAGUGUCUCAACUCCACUGUGGUGACCAAGUACAGAGUGGAGUGGAGCUGCCUGAAGGACUUCUCGCUGCUCGCCGGAGAGGUGGUGUUGGAUAACCUGCAGAGCCUCAAGUGCACCAUCAGCAGCCUCACCACGGGUCGGCUCUACUACGUUCGAGUGUCGGCUUAUAACAUGAAGGGCUGGGGUCCGCCCGCCUCCUCCCUCCCUCCAUCUGCAGCUCCAUCCAAUUGGCGGGAGAGCGACGGCCGGGAACCCAGGAGGCGGGGCCACAUCGAGGCCAUGGAGCGUCUGCUUCAGCAGGUCCGAGCGACUCACACACACUACUGCUGUGGAGAUGUCUCUAAGCUGCAGAACCCCAGCAGGAAGCAGUCUGUCUCCAGAAGUCUGAAACAUCUCUUCAACUCCUCCAACAAGUUUGUAAAGACACUGAAAAGGGGGAUCUACCUGGCGGCUGUGUUCUACCAUAAGGACAGUUUACUGGUGACGGCCGAGGAGCAGAUCCCCAUCGUGGAGGUGGACGACUCGUACAGCAGCUCGCUCAUGCAGGACUUCCUGUGGUUCACAAAGCUGUCCUGCAUGUGGGAGGACGUCCGGUGGCUGAGACAGAGCAUGUCGGUGUCCAUGUCGUCGUCCUCCACCCUGCAGGCCAGGCACAAGAUGCUCACGGCCGCCGGCCAGCUGCAGAACCUCCUGGGAACCCACAACCUGGGUCGGGUCCACUACGAGCCCAUCAAGGAUCGCCAUGGCAACGUGCUGCUGGUGACGAUCCGCGACACGGAGAGCCAGCACUCGCUGUUCAGCGGGAAGUGGAUGCAGGUGACCAAACUGCAAAGUCAGAGGAAGUCUCUGUCCACGCCCGAAGAGCCCUACGCUCUCGACAUCCUCAUCAUCACCAUACAGGACAUUUUGGCGUACCAGCGGCGCAGCACCCACCGGCUCGCCCCGGGACUCUACCUGGGCUACCUGAAGCUCAGCAGCUCCGUGGACCAGAUCAAGGUCCUGGUGUCCCAGCGGACCCCCAACAUGCUCUGCCACACCCGCGUACGAGACAACGCCAACGUGUCCAGAGAGGAGUGGGACUGGAUCCAGAUGCUGGCAGCCGCAGGAGAGAAGGACCGCAAUGAGGAGGACGGCCAGGAGGCGGAGCCCCGGGCAGAAAGCCACGCCCCUUUACUGUACUAUGAGCUGCAGACGGCGAUCAAGUCCCUGCUGAAACUCAUCAACCUACCUCUGCACCAGGCCCGUCACUUCCGGCUCUACAGUCAGGAGGUGGUGGAGCUCGGUCACGGCGUCUCCUUCCUGCUGCUGCUGCCCGCCGCCGAUGACGUUUGCUCCGCCCCUGGACAGUCCAACCCCUACACCCCGCUGUCGGGGUUCCUCCACCUGCCCCUGCAGAUGUUCGAACUCGUGCACUUCUGCACCUACAAAGAGAAGUUCAUCAGCCUGUACUGCCGCCUGUCCUCCGUCCUCGACCUGGACGCCCUUAUUACCCAGCAGGCACUGCGGGAGGCCAUCACUGACGGCGAGGUGGCCACGGCCAAGCAGAGGCAUCAGCUCAUCCUGGACUACAUCCAGCAACUGGACGAGAUGCGGCGGGACCUUCGCUGGAUUACGGACGCCCUACAAUACGCCCGCUACAAGCAGCCUCGAGGCGGCGUGCCCAUCACCUGCUUGGUGGAUGCCAGCGUUCCUGAGAGCGACUCCGGUCAACAGAAGACUGACUCCACUUCCUCAAACAUGGACUACCUGCCCACACCGUCUCCUUCCCCAGAGCUCCGGCGGAGGAAAGCCAUCAGCGAGUCGCUGCUGGGCUCAGAUGAAGAUGCGUCCUCGGAGGUGUUCCUGCCCACAGACAGCGACUAUGACUCCAGCGAUGCCCUGAGCCCCCGUGACCUGGAUCUGCUCUAUUCUCCGGGCCAGGAUCUGUCCCAGCAGGCCCUGCACUCGCUGGGCGGCAGCGCCCCGGACGUGCUCCAAAUCAACGAGCUCCGGUACAGCGUGUGCCCGGCUAAAGACCUCCCCCUCUCGCCCGUGGUGAAGGAUCCUAAGGAUGCUCCCCUCUCCUCACCUCUCCUCCCUCGCUCGCCCUCUCGCUCUCGAACCCUGCCCACCUCCCCCUCCCUCCCCCUCUCCCCCAGAUUCUCCAAAGAUCUUCCCCUAUCCCUGCCCCUCUCCCCGGCUCUGUCUGACACCACCCGGACUCUGGAGGGCCUCUCGCUCUCAAAGAGCCACCAUGAGGGCCUCGCCCCCAUCCGGACCCUCGCCAACCCACCUGCCAAACGCAAGCUCCUGUCCAGGAGCCACCGCGGGCAGUACUUCAGCGGGCCCCAGCGCUGGCUCAGGGGCCACAGCGGGGAGAGUCACACCGGAUCGUUGUCAGAGGGAAUCUACACCAAGCAGCUCGACCCCGACCUGCCCCUGCCGGGGGACCUGCCCUCCCCAGACGGCACCACCUACGUCAGCCACGCUUCCUGUGUCCUGGAGAGCCGCAAAAGCCGACACCGGGAGCUGCGACCACACGUUCGCAGGAUAUUCGUUGAGCCCUGCAAAGAGCUGUCACCGGGCCACGAGAGGAGGGGGUGGGAGGAGGAGGAGCAGGGGGCAGUGGUGAUGGAGAAGGUGAGGGCCGCAGGUGUGUCGGUGGUCGUGGAGGGGGAGGAGCCAGAGGGAGCCACCGCCCAGGAGGUGGACUCGGAUGACCAAACCAACGCCCAGGUGUCGGAGAUCCUCAGCAGCACGCUUUAAGGAAGAAGUUCUUCAGACACAUUGAUGAUUGGCUGGGUGCGUUGCUGACGAGCUGCCCUCCGACCUCCGCAGAUUGUAAACUCAACUAAAGUUGCUGGUUCAACUCUGCCAAGCCUCAGAACCCAUGGCAUCGACUGUUACCCAGGAAAAAAAUCAAUGCAACGACAAACCAAGCACUGCUUCUCCGACCAGGAACUUUGCACACGACUCUGCAUGUCGACCAACAAAAAAAUAAAAGAAAAAAAGGUGGUUUGAUUGAUUGUUGCUCUUAAGAAAAAAUCCCCAGUUUAGAGUUAUUUUCUCGGCCCCGCCCUCAGAGCAUGGAUCCCCUCCCUCGACUUGAAUGUACGGUUCAGCCUGUUUGUUCGUGGCCGCCUGUGACGAACCAAUCCCGUCUUUCAAUCACUGUUGUUCUGAGCUGCUCCUGUGUGCUGUCCUGGUGUUAAAAAAAAGAAAUUACAUAUAAAUAUAUUAAUCCCUGAGUGUUGAGCACGGAAACUGCCUCAGUCACUAAACAAAGACCACUAAAACCUUAAAACAUGAAGUAUUUUUAUAUUCUCGGGUUUAAAGACCAACUAUUUUACCUGGAAUGUGGAUGACUAGUCGGAGCUGUAUUUUGUUGGCAUGAAGUAGUCUGUAGUGUUGUUUUUGUUUGUUUUAAUCUUUGACUGAAGCUUUACGUCCAUUUUGUGCUUCCUUUCUUGUUCAGCAUGACGAUGUCAGGGAGUCUGGGGGUUUCGGUUUAUCCUUCGCCUUCGCCGUGCGGUCAGACCUGGCGGUGUUUGUGCUGUCUUUGUUGACUUCUUGUUCCGCUUCUUCCACAAUGGCGGUGUUUACUCUUCUGUUUUUUUCUUUUUUACUUAAAACCUGCAGCAGCUCCAUCUGUGUUAUAGAGAAGUGAUGUAGAGUGGAGAGCGGUUUGAACAUGCACAGAUUCUUAACGUAUGCACAGUAUUUUAAAAGUGCAUUUUUAACGUUUGCACAAAGCAAUUAUGGAAUUAAAGCUAAUUAAAUAUUUGAUUAAAUUGGGCAUUAACUCUGGCAGCUUCUACCACAGUGACUGUACAAAGGUCAGUUUAAUGUCCUACAAAGAGUUGACGAUAAAGCGUCAAUUUACAGGUUUGAUUCUUUCUCCAGAUGAUCUUUAGUGAUGUCUGAAGAUUUCAGCUUUACAACCAGACGUGCACUAAAUGUACCAACACGUUUCUGCUGCAGCUGCCUCGUUAUCACAGCUCACUGUGUAGUUAAAUAAUAUAUUAGUUUUCAUACUGAGAGUUACAGAGAAGAUCGUUACCAAAAUCAUGUUUGUGCUAAAGGUUAUCGCCAAUAUCUGAAUGGAAGCUGAAGUCAUUUAAAAAUCAGGAUUAUUGAGGUUUCUCGCAUGAUGUCAUGAACACGUUGCUGAAGAGUCGUCUGCCGUGGACGUGAUGCAACCACCAUGGUUACUAUGGAAAUGUGUAUUCCUAAACUGAUUGGCCCUGGUUCCUGAGGUCUUUGGUUGAAAUGGGUUGCUGAGACGGUGGAACACCAAAAACAUCUUAGCGUCUUGUUGCUCACAGAUUGUCUGUAGUUUUUCAAGUUUGCUAACUGUUAGCCCGGCUGUAUUAAAACUUGAAAAAGUGCGAUGCGAACCAGAAAUGAUGGAGAAGGUUUGUGUCAUACUUUUAGUUUCACUACAGCUGGACGGUGUUUGUAGACAGGUCUGUUUCUUCCAUUCAGACUAAGACUGCAGCAACAUGUUAGGAACCAAAGUAAUCACAAGUAACUUUUUGCCAGACAGUUGGAGAAUGCACAUUUUCCCUAGCAAGGGUUAGUUACCACUGACCGGGCAGUAGACCUGCGUGGCUGACACUAGUAAUCAUUUACUCCUCGCAACUGGUCUGGAAAUGAUCAGGAAACAACUGGUGGUUGGCAGAUGGUUUCAGACUGGCCUCAAGUCUUGUAAUUUUCUACGCUGACUCCAUGAUUGUCACGUGUCUAAAAUGGUGAACAAGUCACAUGGUUAAACCUCAGUAACCUGUCAUUUCAUAGGCUAAAGUUCCCUAAAAAAAAUCCAAAGAACGUGAUGUUUAUCUUUUGGCUCCACAUGACGACAAAACAAAUGCUCGUGUUAGAGCACUAGCUAGCAUUAGCCAGAGGAAACACCAGUUUUAUGUAAUGAACAUAGGUUAGCCAAACAGGAAUAUCAGAUAAUUGUACGAUCUAUUCACUAUUUUAACACAUUCAAUUUAGUUACUUAAGGUACAGCUAGCUAAACUAACGUGGACCGUUUGCUAAUGUUAUUGUGGGCAAAAACUGUGAAUCCUAAUUAGCCAGCUAGCAAAAUUAUCAGCUGAAAAAUUAUAAAGUCUAAGACGAUUGAGUUGAACCAAAAGCAUCAAAUUAAAAGAUGUGGUAACGUAGAGUGAUGAAAGGCAGGGUGGUUAGCCAGCUAGCUGUAACGUCACACCGGCUAUUCAGUGGAGUUUAAACAUUUACUGCAUUUUCUGUCAGGACUAACAAAGGUCUCCUGGAUCUAAUAAACAAAAAGCCUGCCAACAGUUCUGAAGCUUGACACGAGACAUGAUUUUGGUAUCGAACGUCUGACUGUCAGCAUUAGGCUACGUCCUCAUGUACACGGGUAUUUUUUAAAGCAAGGAUUUCUCUUUGAAAAAUAUCAAGAGCGUGCCAGCAGGUGGCGAUAUAAGCCUCACUGUAUAAAAUUGCUGGCAGCUCAAAAGCCUAUAAACAAUAAUUGUUAACUUAUAGACCAAAAGACACAGAAAAAGUGACAUUAACUAAAUGCCCGCGUACAUGUGGACAGGACCUUAAGCUAAACCAGUUUAUUACAAUUUAAAUUUUGUUUUUGUACCUGUGGCCAUCACAUCUUCUGAUUAUGUACUAGCAAAAUUAAUAAAAACUGAUUGUAGUCAUUCGAGUAUUUGACCUGAAAAUUUAAACCACCGCAUGUUGUACUGUGAAUUUUGAUAGCUCUACAAAAAGACUGUCAUGUUUGUGUUUAGCUGUCGUCGUUCACGUUAAACACCUAUCCUAGUUUUAGUUUCCUUGUGUACGAGUACAGGACGACGCCAGUUAACGCUACAUUAGAAAUGUCAUUUCCAUCCACGCUAUAUCAAACUCAAAAACACAUCGAACAGGGAAAAUUUUCUCUCUAUUUUUUUUAUUUGAAUUUAAUGCUUGAAUUGAAAACAUGAAAGCUGGAUGGAAACUUGGCUGAUGACUACAAAGGUGUUGGCUACAGCUAUGGAAAUAAAAGUUGUAAUAAACAGCAGGAAGGAGACAGUUUCACUUCAUUUGUCAUUAAAGUAAUGAAAGCAGCAGCCGGGUGACUCGCUCCACAGUAAGUUGAGUUUAUUGAUUUUGAGGCUCCUGUUUGUCUCACAAAGGCUUUUAUUCUGAAAGGCUGAACGCCUAAACUUUGUUUGUUUUUAUUUAUUUCACUCUGUCUUCAUGUUUUCCUUCUGCUGUUUUUAUCACGUCUGGUAUUUUGUCGUGAUGUGCGGACUCAGAAACGCCGAGUCGACCUUCUGUCUGUAUAUUUUUGGAUCACCUCCAUUUAUCUAAAAAUGCCUUUUGCGUUCACUUUAAUGCCACUUUAUUUAUUUGCAGCAGACGUUGAUGACGUGUUUUUUAUGGACUGCUUUACGAAAAGUGUUCAUGCAUUUUGACAUUUUGCAACCUCACAGGAAUGGAUGUAUUUUACCAGCUGAAAUAAACUUUGUCUCAUGUUGAUGUCGUGCACUUCAACCUGC